AUGCAUGUAAUCAUUUCCUUCCCACGUUAUAUAUGUGGGGAGGGAGAUAAAUAUUUAUCUAACACUCAUUCAACUUCUGAUUAUGGAAAAGAAGAAUGGAAAAAGGAUCACCAUACAAGCAACUUUGCUUGGGAUAAAAGUAAUAAAAACAAAGAAUCUAUGGAAAUAUAUACAGAAGCAGAAUGGCCAAAUGUUUACCUUUAUGUUGGAAAUAAAAAUGAUCGUUUUGACUCUAAAAAAGUUGAUGAAUGGAUUAAAAAUAUAAACAAAACUUUAUGA